AUGUCUGGCCGUGGUAAAGGUGGAAAAGGACUUGGAAAGGGAGGCGCAAAGCGACAUCGUAAAAUUCUCAGAGAUAACAUCCAAGGUAUUACCAAGCCUGCUAUUCGUCGUCUGGCCCGCCGUGGAGGAGUCAAACGUAUUUCUGGUCUAAUCUACGAAGAAACACGCGGAGUGUUGAAAGUCUUCCUUGAAAACGUCAUUCGUGAUGCUGUAACGUACACCGAACACGCAAAGAGAAAGACGGUUACUUCUCUCGACUAUACGCCCUUAAGAGACAAGGCCGCACCCUCUACGGUUUCGGAGUCCCAGUCGACCUGUGAUAUAGACCCUGAAGUUUUACAGAAACUUCGCAAGUUUCGUUUCAGUAAACGAUCACAGAAAGGCAGUGCCGCAUUCGUACUAAAGAUAGAUCGAGAACGCUUGUGUAUUGUCGAGGACCAGGUGUAUGAUGAGAUAACACUAGAAGAUCUAGUAGAAGAGCUCCCGGAAACUUCCCCUCGAUACAUUGUACUGAGUUACGAGCUUACGCACAACGAUGGACGAAAGUCGUAUCCUUUAGUGCUUAUUUAUUAUUCACCAGUUUCCACCAAGCCGGAAUUGCAUAUGUUGUAUGCGAGCGCAAAGACCUAUUUCCAACAAAGGGCAGAUGUCAAUAAGGUAUUCGAUAUCCGUGAAGCUGAAGCGCUCAGCGAUGAAUGGCUACAAAAAAAGUUGCUCUCUUGA